GGUUGGUGAACUCGUGGAAGUGCUGGGUGCAGGACCCACUUGGAAUGGCCAUGGAGGCCCCAACCCCUUCCUCCAACCAUGCCCUGUGUAUCUAUUCACUGGGCUAUUCCUGGGUUAUAUCCUAUUAUAAUAAACCGGCAAUCUACUCUGGAGCUGAGGUUGGUGAAUGGAGGCCACCCCUGUGAGGGGAGAGUGGAAAUGAAGUACCAAGGAAUAUGGAGCACAUUGUUUGAUAAGUUCUGGCGCUUGGAGGAAGCCACUGUGGUUUGCAGGCAGCUGGAAUGUGGAGCUGCUAUUAGUGCUCUUAAAGGGGCUCCUUUUGGUCCAGAUGUUGGACUGGUUUGGCUUGGCUAUCUCCACUGCUCAGGGACAGAGCGAACUCUCAAUGACUGUUCUCAUUCUAAGUUUCAAGAUUAUCGUCAGAAAAUUUCCCAUUACGUCUAUGCUGGAGCAGUUUGCUCAGGAUUUGUUCGUCUGGCUGGAGGUGUUGGGCCCUGCUCAGGGCGAGUGGAAGUGCAUUCCAGAGACUGGACUCCAGUGUCUUAUGGGAACUUCACAUCCCUCACUGCUCAGGUCAUCUGUGCAGAGCUGGGGUGCGGCAAGGUUGCGUCUGUGCUGAGGGGUGUGCCCUUCAGAGAGUCAGGUGGACGGGUCUUUGCUGAGGAGUUCCGGUGUGAGGGGCAGGAGCCUUUGCUCCAGCUGUGCCCCAGGGUGCCCUGUCCUGGAGGCACCUGCCACCACCGCGGGGCUGUUCGUGUUGUCUGCUCAGCAUAUACCGAAGUCCGGCUCAGGAGUGACGGCAGCUCUCAGUGUGAGGGACAGGUGGAGAUGAGUAUUUCAGGGCACUGGAGCAUGCUCUGUGCCUCCCACUGGAGUCUGGCCAAUGCCCAUGUUGUGUGUCGUCAGCUUGGCUGUGGAGUGGCCCUGUCCAUCCCUGAAGGAGCACGCUCUAGGGGAGGAGCUGACCAGGUCUGGAGGGGCCGAUUUCACUGCUCAGGGGCUGAGUCCUCCUUGUGGAACUGCCCGGUGACUGCCCUGGGUGCUCCUGACUGCAGGACUGGAAACACAGCCUCUGUGAUCUGCUCAGGAAAUCAGACCCAGGUGCUGCCCCUGUGCACCCACUCCUCGUCUCCACCAGCAGGCUCUGCAGCCUCAGAGGAGGGCACAGCCAACUGCUCAGACGUCACACAGCUCCGCCUGGUGGACGGAGGCCAUCCCUGCGCCGGCAGAGUGGAGAUCCUUCACCAGGGCUCCUGGGGCACCAUCUGUGAUGAUGGCUGGGACCUGCGUGAUGCCCACGUGGUGUGCAGACAGCUGGGCUGUGGGGAGGCCCUCAAUGCCACGGUCUCUGCUCAGUUCGGGGAGGGAUCAGGGCCCAUCUGGCUGGAGGAGCUGCAGUGCACAGGAAACGAGUCCAGCAUGUGGAAGUGCCCAUCCCGGGGCUGGGGGCGCCAUGACUGCAGGCACAAGGAGGACGCCGGGGUCAUCUGCUCAGAGUUCCUGGCCCUCAGGGUGGUGAGCAGGGACCAGGACUGUGCUGGGUGGCUGGAAGUUUUCUACAACAGGACCUGGGGCAGUGUGUGCAGCAGCCCCAUGGAUGCCGUGACCUUGUCCGUGAUCUGCUCACUGCUUGACUGUGGGGACAGUGGGACCCUCAACUCUUUGGUUGCUACUAGGGAAGGGUCUAGACCCCGGUGGGUAGAUGGAAUCCGGUGUAGGAAAACUGAUACCUCUCUCUGGCAAUGCCCUUCUGACCCUUGGAAAUACAGUUCGUGCUCUUCAGAAGAGGAAGCUUCUAUCAUUUGUGCAGAAAGGAAGCCCAAGAGCUGUCCAUCUGCAGCCCCCUGCACAGACAGGGAGAAGCUGCGCCUGCGGGGAGGAGACAGCGCGUGCUCGGGCCGCGUGGAGGUGUGGCACGCGGGGGCGUGGGGCACGGUGUGCGACGACUCCUGGAGCCUGGCCGAGGCCCACGUGGUGUGCGGGCAGCUGGGCUGUGGCUGGGCGCUGGACGCCCCGCGGGCGGCGGCCUUUGGGCCUGGAAAUGGCAGCAUCUGGCUGGACGAGGUGCGGUGCAGGGGCGGGGAGUCCUCCCUGUGGGAGUGCCCUGCGGCUCCCUGGGGGCAGAGCGACUGCAAGCAUGAGGAGGAUGCGGGAGUGAGGUGCUCGGGUGAGAGGACAAGAAUAACCCCGACCCUCAGAACCAGCAGAUCAGACUCAGCUCCAGGCCUGGGCAUCUUCUCCCUGCCUGGGAUCCUCUGCAUCAUCUUGGGGGCCCUUCUCUUCCUGGUCCUGGUCAUCCUGGGGAUUCAGCUUCACAGAGGGAGAGCAGAGCACCAAGCCUCACUUCCUUUUGAAGAUGUCAUAGAUGAGGCCUUGUACCAGGAGAUUGAUAACUAUGCUCUGCCAGAAAAGAAGGACCUUUUGGACAGCCCAGGAAACCUGUCUGAAGACUCAGCGACUAAGUUGCCGUAUUACACAGGGGAGCCUGAGGAGAAGGGAGAGCCUGGAUCUACCCCAGAGUCUCCGGGACAGCCUGUCAGAGCCACGGGAGAUGGUUAUGAUGAUGUUGAAGAGUUUCCUGUUCCUGAAAUUCCAACUUCCCCAGGAAUGAGUAGGAAUCAUUUUUCCCCAGAGGAGGAAGCUGGUGCAGUGUAUUCCCAGCCAGGCCUCUCACUGCAGUCUCAUAGAGAAGCUGCCCUCUCUGGCAUGGGGAAGAGAGGAUGCCCAUUGGUCCUGAGAAAAUUCCCUGGGUAUGAUGAUGUUGAUAUUAGCACCAUGUAGCGCCACUUUUGGAUCAAAUAAAUCUUCAAAGAACCCUCUGUAACAUUG